UUUGGAAAAGAUUCACUGAACAUUAGUGGGUAGACUAAAGUCUGAACAAAGAGCGAGAUGAGCAAGGGACGUGUUGAGUCGUCCAUACGUAGCACAGAGUUAUCUGCGCAGUUUUACGCAGCGCACCGAAGAUAUCUUUGGGGAAUGUCGUAAGUUUUGUAUUGUUGCCCUGGCGACGCGUCUCUUGGCAGCACGCCCACAGAGCCUUGUUUUAUUCAGGCACUUCCGUCGGAGAAAGCCCAUCGUUCAGAGCCGGGGCUAUCAAUGCACUGAUUGUCCGACGCUAUGAACGGGAUAAACAAUCGAACUGAAGCUUGUUAGGCAAAAUGAAAAUUCAAACUCUGUUGUGAUUUCAGGUGAACUGGAAGGUAGCGAGUGAUUGUCUAGCAAACUAGAGUAGUAAGUUUCUGGUUAAUUCAACUUUAGAAGAGGAGGGGGUUUCCAGCCAUGGCGACUUUGACCUUAAACCGAAGCGAACGGGAGAAGGGGGCAGUCGCUAGCGCCCCUGAACUCGGAGCGAAGAAAGAUACCGCCGCAAUAUCUUCCCUUGGCCAGGCGAAGGACAGUACACGGCUUCCGCAACUCGAGGUCAAAGACAGACUGAGGAAGAAAAAGAAGAAAAACGACAAAAAGAAGUCGAGCAGCGGCUCAAAGAAACGAGGGUACUCCAGUACGCCCUCGAACUCCGACGAUGCAGAUAAAGUGCCAUCCGAGACGGUCUCCAGCAGCUCUUCCAUGCAGAGCGGCCCGGACGCGGAGAGGCUCGCUGUCCGAAAGCCGAAGGUCAAAGGUCAGCCUUCCAGAGUGUGCACAGAGAGGGGAAGCGGGAGGAUACAGGAGGAGGAGGAGGAGCCAGCUGUAGCCACACCCCCUGAUCCUCCCCCAGCCCCGCCUCCAGGGGACACUGGCCCCAGCGGUCCGGCCCAGGAGAGCCUGAGGUGGGAGGGAGUUCUGGCCGACCCGGCGGCUGAGGAGGAGAGGCUGGAGGUCUACAGAGCCAACCGCCGCAGACGCUACUACCUGAGCACCCAGGUGAAGCUGCACGGAGAGGCCACGCCCACCGCGUCGGCCACGCCCACUCUGGGUCAGGCGUGGGGCCACUUAAUUUAGGGCGGAGAGGGGCGGGCGUAGACUCCGUAAACCACCAAACGCUUCACAGUGGUGCGCGGGACCGUUUUCACAAAAACUCUCUCUCUCCUGCUGUCACUCAGGACUAGCUUGGAUGUUUCAGGGGGCGGAGCUUGUGUUGGAGGAGAGCCAAAAACAAAAUGGCAGCUUCUUUAAACCCAGAAAAUCUAUCGGCCGUUUCUAAAAGCAAGAUCUCAAGGAAUACCUCUGAACCAUUAAUCACAA